AUGUCCUCCCUUUUUGACGCCGUCCUCCAGUCGGAACUGGGAUCAACAGCUGGCUCUCGCGAUGAGCGGCGUCUUCACUCAGAUCAGCUUCCCAGCUCACGACCACAACCACCAUCGGAGAGCAAUGGCCCGAUGAGUGACAUGCAAGGCUUUCCCGACGACCAGGUUCCAAACCCAAGUCGGUCGACUGUCAGUCGGCUUCGGAAUCCCUAUCUACCAGGACCGCCACCCGUGGUCGAUUUAGCUGGAGAGAAAGUACAACAGGCUUUUGAGGAGUUGCUAGAGACCUAUGUGGAGGAACCAUCAUUGUCAGCACCUCCGCCAUCGUCGGAGAUUUUGAGUGACAAGUAUUACAUUGCUCAAAUCAAAGGCAUGAAAAAAUUCGAACUGUCGACCCUAUACAUUGACUUUACCCAUUUGACAUCGCUGGACGAUCAAAUUCUGGCAGAUGCUAUAGCCAAUCAGUACUACCGAUUCCAACCAUUCCUGACAAGGGCGCUGCACAACCUCAUUGCGAAAUAUGAACCCGAGUACUUCGUCUCGCAUCGUCAAGCCAGCAGUACCGCGUCCCAGGCCAGCUCAUCCAUGAUGGCUGCCAAUGCGAGUAUGACAGAGAACCCUGAUUUAGAGCGGAACAUUCGCGAGAAGACUCGUCACCAGCAGACCGACAAACUCUUUUCCCUGGCGUUUUACAAUCUACCCCUCGUCUCUCGGUUGCGGCAGCUGCGGACCUCGCAGAUCGGAAAGUUGCUUUCCAUCUCUGGAACAGUGACCCGGACAUCUGAGAUCCGGCCGGAACUCUCGCUGGGAACUUUCGUCUGCGAGCAGUGCAAGUCCGUGGUCUCGAAUGUCGAGCAGACAUUCCGCUACACCGAGCCUUCACAGUGUCCCAACAAUACCUGCAUGAAUCGUGUCGGAUGGCGCCUGGACAUUGGGAAGAGUACAUUUGUCGACUGGCAGAAGGUUAAAUUGCAGGAGUCAUCACACGAAAUUCCUACCGGCAGCAUGCCCCGCACGAUGGAUGUGAUCUUGCGCGGUGAAAUGGUCGACCGUGCCAAGGCUGGUGAACGCUGCAUUUUCACUGGUACUUUGAUUGUGAUUCCUGACGUCAGCCAGCUUGGACUGCCCGGCGUACGGCCAGAGGCUGUUCGAGACAACGGCGCUUUCCGCAGCAGCGAGGUGGGCGGCGGCGGAGUGACUGGGCUCAAGUCUCUUGGUGUGAGAGACUUGACUUAUCGCCUGGCAUUCUUAGCCUGUAUGGUCACUCCGGACACCACAACUCCCGGGCAGCAGUCGAAUCAGCAGUUGAACGGCCAGUCCCAUAACAUCCUGGCGUCCUUGAACCAGAACAACGAUCCUGAAGCCGAUGAGGAUAAGGCUCAAGAAGCCCUCCUUCAGAGCUUUACCCCUUAUGAGGUCCAGGACUUGAAGAACUUGGUUCAUUCCGAGUACAUUUACUCUCGAUUGGUGGACUCGAUCGCUCCAAUGAUCUACGGUCACCGCCAGAUCAAGAAAGGGCUUCUUCUGCAGUUGAUUGGUGGUGUCGCCAAGUCUACAGAGCAGGAAAACAUGCAAUUGCGUGGUGAUAUCAACAUUUGCAUCGUUGGUGAUCCCUCGACGAGUAAGAGUCAGUUCUUGAAGUACAUCUGUUCUUUGCAUCCUCGUGCAGUGUAUACUAGCGGCAAGGCCUCAUCUGCUGCAGGUUUGACUGCAUCAGUUGUCAAGGAUGCCGAGACUGGAGAGUUCACCAUUGAAGCGGGCGCACUCAUGCUUGCGAACGGAGGCGGUAUCUGUGCAAUCGACGAGUUCGACAAGAUGGACAUCAGCGAUCAGGUCGCUAUCCACGAAGCCAUGGAACAACAAACCAUUUCCAUUGCCAAGGCAGGUAUCCAUACGACCCUCAACGCCCGUGCAUCCAUUCUGGCUGCUGCCAACCCUGUCGGCGGUCGUUACAACCCCAAGGCCACACUACGUGCGAACCUCAACUUCAGCGCGCCCAUCAUGAGUCGAUUCGACUUGUUCUUCGUGAUCCGCGACGAGCCGAAUGAGACCGUGGACCGCAACCUGGCCGACCACAUUGUCAACGUGCACAUGAACCGCGACGAGGCCGUCCAACCCGAGCUUAGCACCGAGCAGCUGCAGCGCUACAUCCGAUUCGCGCGGACGUUCCGGCCCGUAUUCACCGAAGAGGCCAAGGUUCUGCUCGUUGAGAAAUACAAGGAGCUGCGCGCAAACGACGCCCAGGGAGGCAUGGGCCGCUCCUCGUACCGCAUCACCGUCCGCCAGCUCGAGUCGCUAGUCCGUCUCUCCGAAGCCGUCGCCAAGGCCAACUGCGUCGAGGAGAUCGUGCCGAGCUUCGUGCGCGAAGCCUACGACCUCCUCCGCCAGAGCAUCGUCACCGUCGAGAAAGACGACGUCGAGGUGGAGGACGACGGCGAAGGCGACGCCGCCGUCGACGGUCACCACCACGACGACAACGAUCACGAGAUGGCCGACCGCGACCGCGAAGGCGACAGCCCCAUGCGCGACGACGCGCAGCCGCGCCCCCGCCAGAAGACCAAGAUCACCUACGACAAGUUCAUGAAGAUCCUGAAUCUGUUCGUGCGGCGCGUCAACGAGGACGAGGCGAAUGCCGGCGAGGGCGUCGAGGAGGAGGAUCUGCUGGUGUGGUAUCUGGAGCAGAUCGAGGCCGAGCUGAACAACGAGGAGGACCUGCAGCGGGAGCGGGCUCUGGCCAAGAUGGUCUUGAAGAGAAUGGUCAAGGAUAAUGUCCUCAUGCCCAUCCGCGGAGAGGGGCUCGUCGAUUCCGACGACCAGCAGGAGCGGGUCCACCGCACCGUCUACGUGCUGCAUCCGAACGUUGCCGUUGACGAUGGCCAGGGGUUGCAGGUAUGA